AUGAAUAUUGAAGAAUUAGAGAUUUUUAAAGAUUAUCAAUUAUUAAGUUUACUCAAUAUAGGUUCACACGUUUUAAAGGAUACCUAUAAAAAUAGAAAUAAAACUCAAUUUACCAAUAAAUCAUACUUAAAACAAUUAGAGGUAGCACAAAUUCAAAAUAUAAAUAAAAAUGGUAUUUGGCAAAUUGCUUCAACUUCUGAAUUAUUAUUAAGUAGUAAUAAUAAUAAUAAUAAUAAUAAUAAUAAUAAUAAUAAUAAUAAUAAUAAUAAUAAUAAUAAUAAUAAUAAUAAUAAUAAAAAUAAUAAAAAUAAAUCAACAUUACCGUCUGCUCAACAACUAAUAAUUGAAAAUAAAGCAAUUGAAAUUAUAAAAUUAAUUGAUAGAAAUAAAAAUAUUGAAAUUUUAAAUAAUUCAAAUAAAGGAUAUUUCACAAAAGAAAGAGUUAGACAAAUUAUCAAUGGUGGUAAUAAAGAAUUUGAUGAAAAUCAAGAAUUUACAAAAAAAUUAAUAAACGAAUCAAAUGAAUUAUUUAAAAAUAGAAAAUUCAAAGAAUCAUUAGAAUAUUAUAAUUCAAAAUUAAUUUUAUGUAAAAAUAUCGAUAUUGAUAAUAAUAAUAAUAAUGAUAAUAAUGAUGAUGGUGGUGAUUAUGGUGAUGAAUCAAAAUUAUUUAAAAUUAAAUCAUUUGGAUAUUUAGGAUCAUCAAGAUGUGAUUAUGAAAUUUAUAAAGAAUUAACCGAAUCGAAAAAUAGUAUUGAUAAUGAAAUCGUUACAUUGGAAUACAAAGAUUUAAUAUCACUUGACAAAUUAAAGUAUUCAUUAUCAUAUGAUCCAUUCAAUUCUGAAUGUUAUUAUGAAAUUGCAUUUUUACUUUGUAAAAAUAAUAAUUCAUUUUAUAAUUUAGCAUUAAAUCAUUUAGAAAUUGCAAUAUUAUUAUUAUCAACAAAUGAUUCAAUUAACAAUGAAAAAUAUAAACAAUUACAAUCAACAAUUUUAGAGAAAUCUUUAAAACAAGAAAAAGAAAAAAAAGAAAAAGAAAAACAAGAAAAGGAAAUGGAUAAUUUCGAAUUAAAAGCAAUUGAAUAUGUUAAAAGUAAUCCAAUUCCAUUAGAAUUUCAAUCAAUUAUUAAUAGUAAUGAUAUUGAUAAAAUUUACGAAUUAUCAUUAAAAUUAAGUGAUUAUAAUAAUAUUAAUACAAACGAUGGUAAUGAUAGUUUAAAUAAAGUUUAUAAUUAUAAAUUAUCAAUGGAUUUAUUAUAUAAUGGAUCAUUAUUAAAACCAUUAGAAACUUAUAAUGAAAUUGAAAAAAAGAGAUUUUAUUCAACAUUUACAAAUAUACUAUUAGAGAUUGGUUAUAGAUAUUUCAAUGGUUGUGGUUAUCUUGAUGCUGAUAAUGUUUGUGCUUUAUAUUAUUUUGGUUUAGUUACAAAGCAAUUCACAUUAUUUAAUUCAAAUUGUUUUCAUUUAACAACUUUAGCAUUUAUGUUUAGUUUUCCAAAUAGAAAUAUACCAAAACCAAUCUUGGAUACUAUAAUUUUACCAAUGCUUUUAAAAGGUUCUUCUGUUGGUAAUUUAAAAUGUCAAAAAUUAUAUUGUUUACUUACAGGUAAAGAUUUAAAUAAAACAUUUAAAACAAUUGGUAAUAGUGAAUCAAUUGAAGAGAUUCAAAGUAAAAGAAUGAAUGAAAAGAUUCAAAAUGAUGAUAGAUAUGAUUUUGAAAUUAAACAAUAUGAAUAUAAUUCAAUUAAAAGAUUGAAUAAAGGUUCAAAGAAACAAAUUAAUAGAUUAAUUAAAACAUUGGAUUUAAAGAAUCAAUUCCUUAGUUUAUUUGAAAAUUAUAUUAAUGAUAAUAACAUUGAAAAAUUAACUCAAGCAAAUAAAAUUUUAAUUGAAGCAUUAAAAUUAGAAUAUCAUUCAAUUAGAAUACCAUUAACAAAAGAGAAUUUAAUUAUUAAUAGUUUAAUUAAGUUUAUUGAUAAUUCAACAACCAAUAAUAAUAAUAAUAAUAAUAAUAAAGUUAAUGAAGACGAUAUUAAAAAUGCAAGAUUAGUAUUAUUAUGUUUAACAAUUAGAAAACCAAUUUCAAAUUUUAAUCAAUUCAUUAAUGAUUCAAUUAAACAGUUCCCAAAUGAAUUAGAAUUCAUUUUUUAUCGUGCAAUGAAUUUUAGAUUAAAUAAUGAUCCAAAAUCUGCACAAUUACAUUUUAAUUCAAUCAUUGAAUCAUGUAAUAGUGGCGAUGGUGAACUUGAUUAUCCAUUAAAAUAUUUAUAUUAUAAAGGUGUAAAUAGAUUUUAUUGUGGUUCAAUUUCAGAAUCUGAUUGUAAUGGUAUCAUUCAAAUAUUUAAAUCAUAUAUUGAUAAAAGUAUAAAAGAAGAGUUCACUUAUAAAGUACCUGAAUUAUCUUAUUUUAUCUCUUUGAUUUAUAUUAUGAAUAAUGAUUUAGAACAAAGUAAAGAAUGGUUUAAAAAAGCAAUCAAUUUUGAAAAAUCUCAAUUACCUUGUUUUAUUGAUCAAGACUAUGAAAUUAAAAAAAUGGUAGACUCCAAAUUAAAUCCAAUUAAAAAUAAAUAA